AAACCAACCAAGGUUGUAGUCCCAAACCCCACCCGGGCCGCCGGGCGCAAGCGGUCGAGCUCGAGCUCGAGCCCAAUCCAUCGGAAACCCCCAACCCUAGCCUCCGACUCGAGCCGAUCGACCCCGAUCCGAUCUAAUGUUCCCCACCGUCGACGACCCCUCCGCCGCCGGCGCCAUGGUGUCGGCCUCCUUCCCUGACGCCGACGCCUACGGCAACGGCGACUCCGACGACCUCGACUUCCCCGUGGACCCAAACCCUAACCCCGUGUUCUCCUCUCCCGCCGCCCCCGCGUCCGCCGGCGCGGCCGGGGAGCGGCGCCCACUGUUCCAGCGCCUGUGGACGGACGAGGACGAGAUCGUGAUCCUGCGCGCCUUCGCCGAGUUCACGGCGCAGCGGGGCACCGCCUUCGCGUCGCACCAAUACGACACCACCCCCUUCUACGAGGACAUGCGCCGCCGCCUCAACACCGGCUUCACCAAGAACCAGCUCGUGGAGAAGAUCCGCCGCCUCAAGCGCAAGUACCGCAACUGCGUCGAGCGCCUCCGCGUCGCCGGCGCCGGCUUCAACUUCCGCUCCCCGCACGAGCAGGCCAUCUUCGAGAUCGCCCGCACCAUCUGGCGCCCCGCCUCCGACAAGCACGGCCGCGACUCCGACGACGAGGGCGGCGGCGGCGGCAACAACGCCCACGACGCCACCUUCGCCAUGGACGCUGCCACCUUCGCCAUCGACGCCGCCCUCGCCGCCGCCAACGGGGGGUCCGCCAAGUCCCCUACCUCGAGGCCACGACGUGGCCGCCGCCGCCGCACGGGCGACUUCCCCGCCGACGCGGUCCCGGAGACGACGCUCGCGCUGCCGCCGGCGCCCAUGCCGGUGAUGACCGAGGACGUGCUCCCCUCGUUCCCGCAGGUGACUGCGGCAGCGGUCAUGGACGGCGGCUGCGGCGUCAGCGUGGACCCAGCCUCUGGGCUGCCGGCCGCGCUGUCAACAGCUGCGGCGGCAGCGGCCGUCUCCGGCAGCAGCACCGCGGAGAACCCCAUCCUGGCGGCGCUGUUCAAGGAGAUGGUGCACGCGAUGCUGAGCGUCGGCGUCGGCGGCAGCACGGCGCUUCUGGGGCUGGAGCCGCCGCCCCCCAUCGCUGGGGUGCCGAUGGAAGGGGAGAAGUGGCGGCAGCAGCGGAUCCAGGAGCUGGAGGUGUACCUGCGUCGGAUCGACCUGCUGCAAGACCAGGCGAGGGCGGCGCUGGACGAACUCAGGUCCGCCCCGCACGCCGGAGGAAUGAACACCUGAUGAUCAGCAGCUCCAGAGUCGCGUCGUCUUGCAGAUAGCGCAUCGUCCAUAACCAUGAGAAAAGAUCAUUUUUACCGGUAGAUUUCUCUAGGCUCGAGCAGCAGCAGCAGAAGGGGAGUUUCGUCUGUAAUUCUCAUUUUCUGUCUGCGCUGCAGACUAAGCCGCCUGGUCUUCUCUUAUUUUAUAUAUAAUAACUUAUAUAAAGAUUGUCCUA